GUGAGAAUCUGCACGUAGCAUUCAGACUCAGACUUUCAGAGAUCCAGCCCUAACCACCAGUGCGCCGAAACAUCACCGAUAAGACGAACCACCGGACAGACUCCGUGUUCAUCAUCUUACCGUUAACUGCACCGAGUCUGCUUUAGUUGAGACUGCAGAAGACCCAACGACCGGGGACACAUUGCUGCUACAGGAUGCUCUGGUUAAGGAUGGAGCUACCAUGUUGGUGUUUAUUGUUGCUGAGCUGCUUGCAGUCACUCUCAGCCCACAAUGACUUCUUCACCUCCAUAGGCCAGAUGACAGAUCUGUUAUACACAGAAAAAGACCUUGUCACCUCUCUAAAGGACUACAUCAGAGCUGAGGAGAACAAGCUCGAGCAGGUCAAACGGUGGGCUGAUAAGUUGGAUUCGUUGUCAGCCACAGCCACACAGGACCCCGAGGGCUUCCUGGGGCACCCUGUCAAUGCCUUCAAACUGAUGAAGAGGCUGAACACAGAGUGGGGGGACCUGGAGAGCCUUGUACUCAGUGACACCACUGAUGGAUUUAUUUCUAACCUGACCAUCCAGAGACAGUACUUCCCCACAGAUGAGGACCAGACCGGGGCUGCUAAAGCUCUCAUCCGAUUACAAGACACUUACAGACUGGAUGCCAACACCAUCUCCACAGGAGACCUACCUGGAGUGCAACACAAGAGCCGAAUGACAGUGGAUGACUGUUACGAGCUGGGGAAAAUUGCCUACUCUGAUGUUGAUUACUACCACACAGAGCUGUGGAUGGCCCAGGCCCUGAAACAGCUUGAUCAGGGAGAGGAGUCCACUUUAGAUAAGGUGACAGUGCUCGACUACCUCAGCUACUCCAUCUACCAGCAGGGGGAGAUAGAGCGAGCCCUAGAGUACACCAAGAAGCUGCUUGAACUGGACCCAGAGCACCAGCGCGCCAAGGGCAACCUGAAGUACUUUGAGUUCCAGUUGGAGAAGCAGAAAAAGACUGCAGAGGAUAGAACUCAAAAGCAGAAAGAGCAAGGUAAAAGAGAAACAACUGAGAAGAAGAAGCCCAAAAAGAAGGUUUCCAUUCAGUUGAUCCCAGAGAGGAAGAAGUAUGAGAUGCUUUGUCGUGGGGAAGGCAUCAGAAUGACCCCCCGGAGGCAGAGCCGCCUGUUCUGUCGUUACUACGACAACAAUCACAACCCUAAGUAUGUGCUGGCACCCGUCAAACAGCAAGAUGAGUGGGACCGCCCCUACAUUGUCCGUUACAUUGACAUCAUCUCCGACAAAGAAAUUGAGAGGAUCAAGCAACUGGCCAAGCCACGACUACGCAGGGCUACCAUCUCCAACCCCAUCACUGGAGUGCUGGAGACUGCUCCAUACCGGAUCAGCAAAAGGCGAGCCACGGUGCAUGACCCUGAAACUGGGAAACUUACCACGGCCCAAUACAGAGUCUCCAAGAGUGCUUGGCUCACUGGCUAUGAAGAUCUAAUGAUUGAAAAGAUCAACCAGAGAAUUGAAGAUCUCACAGGGCUGGAAAUGGACACUGCAGAAGAGCUGCAGGUUGCAAAUUAUGGCGUUGGAGGUCAAUACGAACCUCACUUUGACUUCGGAAGGAAAGAUGAGCCAGAUGCCUUUAAAGAGCUGGGCACUGGGAACCGCAUAGCAACAUGGCUCUUCUAUAUGAGUGAUGUAGCAGCCGGUGGAGCUACAGUAUUCCCAGAUGUUGGUGCAGCAGUUUGGCCCCAAAAGGGCACUGCAGUGUUCUGGUACAAUCUGUUUGCCAGCGGGGAGGGAGACUACAGUACCCGACAUGCAGCUUGUCCAGUGUUGGUCGGCAACAAGUGGGUAUCAAACAAAUGGAUCCAUGAACGAGGCCAGGAGUGGCGGCGACCUUGUGGCCUAAGUGAAACUGAAUGAUUGACAAGGAAAACCUCCUCAUCACCUCCCUGCCCCUCUCUCCCCCUUCCUUGUGAACCCCACAGGACCAAAGAACACUGCUGCAGAUAACAGAUAAUACUCGCUCCCUCUCUACAAACACUCCUUUUCCCCCCAGCUGUUAUGCUCUGAGCCCAGAGAUUGUUUGGGUCAAUGUCGAGCCCCUGGACAGUAUUAGCAUCGCUGUGACAGAUAACAUGUUCUUAAGGUUGUUGGAUGGUUUUGAGAAACACUCGUGCCCUUUUCACUCCCAUUUGUCCUUCUUUGCACUCAGUAUGAACUCUGGCUCUGUGGUGAGGUUUUUCCUUCAGUAGUGACUGUAGGGACCGGCUUCCUCCCUGUUAGUUUGAACCUUAAAAGUACAGUUCACGUUUUUAAGAGGCCUGUGUGAUUCAUUGUAUUCCAUUCAUUUCAUUAACAGAGCACUCGGGCCUGUGGUUUUUGAGCAAAUUAAAGGAUUUUUACAUGCACCGCCUUCAAAACAGUUUUUUUUUCUCAAACUGGCUUAUUAUUCAGAGGCACAUUUCCUUGCAUAUGACUUUAUAAUAGGUAUACAAUAGGUUCACUGAAUUUCUCUCUUUUUCUUUAUUUACAUGUGAUAGCAAUCUCUGCUUCCAAUAACUUAGAAUCAAAAACCAAAGUAAGUGCUCUGUGGAAGGAAUGAAAGAACUCACAGCACGUAAGAAAAUGGUCAGACUCCCCCCAAAAAAUCUGACACAGUCCAGGGUAGUGUUUUGGGUGGAAAAAAAACCACUUUAUUCCCUGUAAGUUGCGUAACUAAUCAGAACUGAUGCAUGGCAGUACAUUUUCACACACCUUGUUAUAGUCAUAGUGGGGGUUUUUUUCACGCUAUGACAUAUUAGAUUUGUUGUACUUGAACAUAUGGUGUGUACAAAUGCCUGGGCACACUUACACCUGGACACAGACACAGUUACAUGCAGCCCAGUGUUGCAUAGAAUUUAGUGUUAUAUUUCACAAGUUUAGGUUGUUCAUCCUGAUUGUCCCAGUGUUGUAUAAGGACCUAAAUGACCGUCAGCUGUCACUGAAUUAGCAAAAAGAGCAACAAAAGAAUAAUAGAACAUGAACAUAGGGAAAUGGAAGAGUGGACUGGAUACACCACAUUGUGCCAUGACAUGUUUAAAUACCCAGGGUUUUUUUAUAGAAUGAGUGAUUCUGGUGGGUUUGUAAAAGUGUGGUGACCAGUGCUUCUCGCUGAAAGAAUAUAUGGGUUUUCCAAGGAAGAAACAUUAUUAUUUAUGUCCCAAGCCUAUUUUGUGUUGUUGGUUUUUUUUUUUGCCUUAUAUGAAAGUCUGAAAUUGUUUUUUCUACAAUAAAGACUGUUUUACUGAUCUCAA